AUGUGGUUUGCAGUUGAACGGCGCUCAGAUUACGUCAUCCUAAGUGGCUCCUCCUUCUCCUCACCGGCCAACGUGAUGCCGCAAACAUGUCCCUCCGACAACACGCUCGAAGUUGACCAAUCAAGCUUCUGGAGUGCAGGGACUCUAAACUGGGAUCCUCACCGUAUAGGUUGGGCGGUCGCUGGCGGCUGCGCAGCGGUCACGGUCAUAAUAUCUGUUGUUUCUGUCCUCCUCCACUGUCGAAAUUAUACCAAUCCGAAGCAACAGCGCCAAAUCCUCCGCAUUCUUUAUAUGCCUCCAGUCUACGCCGUCAUCUCCUUCUUAAGUUAUCGUUUUUUCAGAGACUAUACCUACUACUCCUUGGUCGAAGUUGUCUAUGAGGCCUUCACUAUCUCCGCAUUCCUCCUCCUGUUGAUAGACUACGUUGCAGAGUCCGCGGUGGACCAUAAAGCAGAGAAUGCCAUCGCACGCAAAGACAAAAGGCGUCUACUCAUGCCUCUUUGUUGUUUCAGAUACCGUCCCACAAAAGCCUACUUCAUGUACACUGUCAAAUGGUCCGUCCUCCAAUAUGCAAUUCUGAGACCUAUCGUCUCGAUUGCUGGUAUUAUCUGCCAAGCGUAUAAUGUGCUUUGCGAAUCCCAAGGCUUCAACAUCCACUUCGCUUCCGUCUAUCUAGAAGCUGUCGAUUUUGCGUCUAUCAGCAUAGCGCUCUAUGGUCUGCUCCUCUUCUACAGCUUGACAAGAGAGGAACUCGCAGGGCGCCGUCCUUUCGCCAAGUUUCUGUCCAUUAAGCUGAUUGUCAUGUUCACAUGGUAUCAGUCGUUCGUCUUCAGUGCUCUCAGUGGCAGGGUCAUCAAAGAAACCAAAUACUGGACAACGACAAAUAUUGCGGACGGGCUGAACGCAUUAGCAGUCUGCAUUGAGAUGAUCUUCUUCUCGGCCUUAAUGAUCUGGUCCUUCUCAUUCCGUGAAUACAAACGAGAAGAAGGAACACCAGCAACCUCGGUGUGGCGUCCGUUGUGGGACAGGUCCGUCGACUCCGACUUUGCUGCGGAGAUAUUUUCAUCAUUGCAGUUCUACCUCUGCAGUGGUUCACGCAAACAACGAGAUCAACCGGACUUUGCCGAGGCAUUCGGAGUCGAAGGCUCAAAGACCUAUAAACGGCGGCAAAAGUCCUCCAACGAUUCAGACUAA